AUGGCUAACAACCGCAUUGUAAUCCUGGGGGCUGGUGUCUCCGGUCUCACCACCGCAUAUCUGCUGUCCCAAGAUGCCUCUAACAGCAUUACUGUUCUGGCCAAGCACAUGCCUGGUGAUUAUGACAUCGAGUAUACUUCUCCCUGGGCUGGUGCCAACUAUCUUCCGUAUGUCCUCCAAGGUGUGGGCAAGGCCGGAAGCGACCAUGAGAGAUGGGAACGAAACACCUGGCCCACCCUGAGGGAGCUCACGAAGAACCACCCCGAAGCGGGCAUUCACUUCCAAGAAACUAUUGUUUAUAAUCGUACAAAGGAUCAGGGAUCAGCAACAGGAGAAUGGUUCUCCGAACUGGUGCAAAAAGACCCGUGGUAUAUGGAAGUUGUUCCUGACUUCCAAGAUAUCCCCGCCGACCAGCUAGCCCCCGGCAUUGACAACGCAUCCAAAUUCACAUCAGUGUGCAUCAACACCGCUGUCUACCUGCCUUGGCUAGUGGGCCAGUGCCGGAAAAACGGCGUCGUUUUCAAACGGGCCGUUCUCAAGCACGUAGCAGACGCAGCAAAGGGCCACCACACCGGCCAAAAGGCCGAUGUGGUUGUCAAUUGCACCGGACUCUCGUCGAAGAAGUUGGGCGGUGUACUCGAUGACAAGCUCUACCCUGCACGCGGUCAGAUUGUCGUCGUGCGUAAUGACCCUGGUAAGAUGGUGUCUAUUUCUGGCACCGACGAUGGCGAGGAUGAGGUUGUUUACAUGAUGACCCGUGCAGCGGGUGGUGGAACUGUCAUUGGAGGUUCGUAUCAAAAGAACCAGUGGGAUCCGCUGCCUGAUCCCAAUUUGGCUGUCCGGAUCAUGAAGCGGGCAAUCGCUCUAUGCCCGGAGCUGGUCGAGAAGGGACAGGGCAUCGAAGGUCUGGAUAUCAUCAGACAUGGCGUUGGAUUGCGCCCCCUCCGUGAGGGCGGGCCGCGUAUUGAAGCGGAGAAGGUCGACGGUGUGUCUGUUGUGCAUAACUAUGGCCAUGGUGGCUUUGGGUAUCAAGCUUCAUUUGGAUGUGCGGAGGAUGCUGUGAAGCUGGUCCAGGAAACGUUGCGCCGAAAGGAUAAAGCGAAGCUGUAGACUCAGACAUAGCAUUUUAUCUUGGGGCAAACUAUAAAGUUUAGCACGUUAACUUUAAGAAGCAUAGUUUUUUCGCUCUGG